CAGUCGGUGGUCAGCAGUUGGCGGAAGUAGCAGCAUUUGUCACUCGAAAAGUGUCUCGAAAUUCAAAUUGUAACAAAGUUAAAAAUAAAAGUGCAGUUAAAGUUGCAGAGUGUUUGCAUGCUAACAAUUUUCUAUUCAUGUUUGUAAUUUCACUUUCAUUACAAAAAUAAAAAUGCAACAUUUAAGCCGCGCACAGAUGCAUCAACUCGUCACGCUCACACACACAGCCACUAAGUGCUGGCAAGCGCCACGUGUACUCAUACAAACACGUUGCCUAGCCACAGUGCCAGUGGGUGAAGUGCUCUUUCCCACCAAAUCCGACUUUCCCAGUCGUCACAUAGGGCCGCGUAAAACGGAUGUAGUCGCCAUGUUGGAUACACUAGGCUUUAAGUCCUUAGAGGAGCUAACGGAGAAGGCCAUACCUCGGCGUAUACAACUGAAGCGUGAUUUAAACUUGGACAAGCCCUUGAAUGAGCAUGAACUCGUACGCCAUAUACGGGGCAUCGCUAUGCGCAAUGAAAUCUGGCGCUCAUACAUCGGCAUGGGAUAUCACAAUUGUCAUGUGCCGCAUACGAUUGUGCGCAACGUCUUUGAAAAUCCCGGUUGGUUUACCCAGUACACGCCGUAUCAACCGGAAAUCGCCCAAGGCCGUCUGGAAUCGUUAUUGAAUUAUCAAACUCUGGUUGCUGAACUGACAGGGCUGGAUGUGGCGAAUGCAUCGCUUUUGGAUGAAGGCACGGCCGCCGCAGAGGCUAUGAGCUUGUGCACGAGGCAAAACAAGCGCAAGAAGAUUUACCUCUCCAAUAGAUUGCAUCCACAAACCUUGUCCGUGGUGCAGACACGCGCUGAAGCAUUAGAAUUUGUGACGGAAAUCGGUCCGAUCGCGAGUGCGGAUUUGGAGGGCCGUGAAAUAUCUGGCAUCUUGUUGCAAUAUCCCGACACUUUUGGUGACGUUAAGGACUUUGAGGAUGUCGCUGAGAAGGCGCGCAAAAAUGGCACACUCGUUGUGGUCGCCACGGAUCUGCUUGCACUAACUCUGCUCCGCCCGCCAGCUGAAUUCGGCGCUGAUAUAGCAAUUGGUACCUCGCAGCGUUUGGGUGUACCACUCGGUUAUGGCGGUCCACAUGCCGGCUUUUUUGCCUGCCGACAGAAUUUGGUGCGCCUGAUGCCGGGUCGUAUGAUCGGUGUUACGCGUGACAGAGACGGCAACGACGCUUACCGUUUGGCGUUGCAGACACGGGAGCAACAUAUACGGCGUGACAAGGCAACUAGCAAUAUUUGCACUGCACAGGCACUGCUCGCCAAUAUGUCUGCCAUGUAUGCCAUCUAUCAUGGCCCAGAAGGCCUCAAAGAGAUCGCAAAUCGUAUACACCACUUCACACUUGCGCUGCAAACUGGGCUGCACGAUGCCGGACAUCAGGUGAACAACAAACACUUUUUCGACACUUUGAAUGUCACACCGUCGGAAAGUUUGCCGAUUGAUGAAGUUAAAGCGCGUGCGGCGGAAAAGCGCAUUAACUUCCGCUACUUUACGGAUGGUAGCGUGGGCAUAGCUCUGGAUGAAACUGUUGGGGCGCAGGACGUCAAUGAUCUGUUGUGGGUAUUCAAGUGUAAGUCGUUAGAUGAGACACUAGCCGAACGCGAUAUACUGAAAAACUCCAUCGAGCGCUCGAAAUUCUUACGUACCUCACCAUUCCUACAACAUCCUAUAUUCAGCUCACACCACAGCGAAUCUCGCAUGGUGCGCUAUAUGAAGCGUUUGGAAAAUAAGGACAUUUCACUCGUCCACUCUAUGAUACCGCUUGGCUCUUGCACAAUGAAGCUCAAUUCCACCACAGAAAUGAUACCAUGCUCCUUCCGGCAAUUCACCGAUAUACAUCCAUUCGCGCCUGUCGAACAAGCCAAGGGUUAUCAUCAAAUGUUUAGCGAACUCGAAAAAGAUCUCUGCGAGAUUACCGGCUACGAUAGAAUCUCUUUCCAACCCAAUUCUGGCGCACAAGGUGAGUACGCCGGUCUGCGCACUAUUCGCAGUUAUCAUGAGCACCGUAACGAAGGUCAUCGCAAUGUCUGUUUGAUACCCAUCUCGGCGCACGGUACCAAUCCGGCAUCGGCACAAAUGGCUGGUAUGAAAGUCGAGCCCAUACGUAUUCUCUCCGACGGCAGCAUAGACAUGGCACAUUUACGCGACAAGGCUGCGGAACAUACUAGCGAUUUGUCUUGCCUUAUGAUCACUUACCCCUCCACAAUGGGUGUGUUUGAGGAAACUGUUGCUGACAUAUGUGAACUCAUACAUAAACAUGGCGGACAAGUGUACUUGGACGGCGCGAACAUGAACGCACAAGUCGGUCUGUGUCGUCCCGGUGAUUAUGGCAGUGAUGUAUCCCAUUUGAAUCUACACAAGACUUUCUGCAUACCACAUGGCGGUGGUGGUCCUGGCAUGGGUCCUAUUGGUGUGAAAGAGCACUUGGCGCCCUAUUUACCAGGACAUCCAGUGAUCAGUCCAGUAGAAAGUGAACACGACAGCUUUGGUGUAGUUUCGGCAGCACCUUUCGGUUCGUCAGCCAUUCUACCGAUUUCUUGGUCCUACAUUAAGCUUAUGGGUAGUCGCGGUCUUAAGCGCGCCACUCAAGUGGCCAUUCUCAAUGCGAACUACAUGUCCAAACGGCUCGAUAACCACUACAAAACCCUGUAUAAGUCAUCGAAGAGUGGGCUUGUGGCUCACGAAUUCAUUCUUGAUUUGCGCGAUCUGAAGAAGACGGCCAAUAUUGAGGCAGUGGACAUUGCUAAACGUUUAAUGGACUAUGGUUUCCAUGCACCCACUAUGUCUUGGCCUGUGGCGGGCACUUUAAUGAUUGAACCAACUGAAUCUGAGGAUAAGGAAGAGUUGGAUCGGUUUUGCGAGGCGAUGAUUUCAAUACGUGAAGAGAUUGCCGAAAUUGAAGAGGGACGCAUGGAUAAAACGGUGAAUCCACUGAAGAUGGCGCCGCAUACACAAGCGCAGGUUAUCUCAGACAAAUGGGAUAGGCCAUAUACCCGCGAGGUGGCUGCUUUCCCAGCGUUGUUUGUUAAGCCAGAUUCAAAGAUUUGGCCUACCGUCGGACGAAUCGACGAUGCCUACGGUGAUAAGCAUUUGGUCUGCACUUGUCCGCCUAUUCUACCCGACCUUUAGUUGCAAUAUUUCGAGUCUUCUUUAAGCAUAAUUUUUUAGAUUUCUUAUGUAAAUAAAUUAUGAAAGAAAUAUUUGUACAUAA